AUGUCGCGGCUACUGCUAUUAUUAUUUUCUUAUUGUGUUUUGUGUGGACUCCAAAAUGUGUCGGGAAAUUAUGAUCUAAAUAUUCUUCACUACAAUGAUUUUCAUGCAAGGUUCGUUGAAACAAGCCCAGCUGGUAAUAUUUGUAACCCUAAUGUUGCUCCCUGCAUCGGUGGUUUCGCCCGGUUAGCUACAUUGGUUCGUGAGCGUCUAGCUGCUGAAAAAGAUUCCCUUCUCCUCAAUGCUGGAGACAGCUUCCAGGGUACAAUUUGGUACAAUCUUCUGGGAUGGGAGGUUACAAAAGACUUUAUGAAUAUGCUCCCUCAUGAUGCACAUGUACUAGGUAAUCAUGAGUUUGACCACGAUAUUAGAGGAGUUGUUCCAUACUUGCAACAUUUAAACUCCAAAGUGGUGACUGCCAACAUCAUCGAUGACUUAGAACCUACAAUGCACGGUUUAUAUGAAAAGAGUAUCAUUGUUCCAAAGAAUGGAAGAAGAAUUGGAAUCAUUGGUGUUAUAAUAGCCACCACUAACACAUUAGCUUCAACUGGUAGACUUAGAUUCACUGAUGAAGUUGAGGCUGUUAGAGAAGAAGCAGAAAAGCUGAACGCCCAGGGGGUCGAUAUUAUCAUUGUUUUAUCGCAUUGUGGUCUGGAUAUUGACAGAGAAAUUGCCAUGCACGCUGGUUCUCAUAUCGAUAUCAUAGUUGGAGGGCAUAGUCACACAUUGCUGUUCAAUGGAGAUGCUCCUGAAAACAGUGGCUUCACUCCAUUGGGACCUUAUCCUGUAGUUGUGGAACAAGAAUCAAGAAAAGUUUUGAUAGUGCAAGCUGCGGCACAUACUCAGUAUUUGGGUGAAAUUAAACUUACUUUUGAUGACAAUGGACAUCUUCUAAGAUGGGCUGGCAACCCUCACUAUAUUGGAAAUGAUAUUGUUCAAGCACCUGAUGUUUUGGAGAAGAUCAAUUAUUAUUUACCAUUGAUUGAGGAGAAAGCUACUGAAGUGAUUGGCUCGUCUUUAGUUCACCUGGCAGAUGACUGUGCAUGCUCUGAGUGUAAUCUUGGAAACCUUAUUUGUGACGCCUUUAUGCAUUCAGUGAUACCAAGAGCAGGCAAUACCACCUGGAAUUACGCACACUUCUGUGUCAUUAAUCAGGGUGGCAUUAGAGUACCCAUCGACGAAGGAGUAAUAACUUAUGAGUCGGUGAUAUUGUCCACCCCGUUUGAAAACAAAGUCGAAGUUUUUGACUUAAAAGGCGAACAUAUUAUGGAAAUGUUGGAAUUUUCUGUUGCCAACGAACCCUACGCGGGCGCAAGAAUGCUGCAAGUGUCAGGGUUGCGCGCAUCAUUCGAUGGUUCUCGUCCUCGAAACGCAAGGGUGAUCGAGGCAACAAUAAGAUGUAUCGAGUGUGACGUCCCUAGGUAUGAACCUCUGAGGCCUGACAAAUACUACAAAGUCCUGUCGCAGAGUUUUCUCGGGAAUGGCGGAGACGGUUUCGAUAUGAUAAGUGAAAACCGUAGGAACGUAGAAGUUAUUGGAGUGGACUUUGAAAUUCUAAUGGAAUAUAUACGCCAACGCACGCCCGUAUACGCAGAAAAAGAGGGUCGUAUGCAGAUCAGUAAUCCAUGCAUUGUAUGA